GCCAGCGGGGAGGGGAGGAGGGGAGGGGGAGCCGGCCGACAAUGGCGGCGGCCGCCACCGCCGCCAGCCCCGGCAGCCCCGCCGCCGGGCCCCUGCCGCCGCCGGAGCCCUGCCCCAGGAAGGGGCCGCUGCCGCCGGGGCCGCCGCAGCCGCCGCCGGUUCGCAGCGACCCCCGCCGCAGGCAGGCCGCGCUCUCCUUCCUCACCAGCAUCUCCCUCGACGGGCGGCCCCCGCCGCCGGGCAACGACGGCCCCGCCGCCAGGCCCCGCCAGGCCCCGCCGCCGCCACGGCUGGGCAGCCCCCCGGCGGCACCCACCGACCCCCCCCGGGCCCAGGAGGAGGAGGAAGAGGAGGAGGAGGAGGACGCCUUCGCCGCGGUGCAGGUGCCGGCCGCCGCCUUCCUGGGCGCCGCGGCGGCGGGCAGCCGCGGCCGCCUCAACUCCUUCACGGCGGGGGUGCUGCCGGCGCCCUUCGGCCGCGCCAGUCCGCAGGGCCCCGCCGGUGUCGGCAGCGAGCUGGGGCAGCCCGGCUCCGCCGCCGCCUUCGAGCUGCAGCGCUCCCGACGUCGGCUGAUCUCACAGCGAUCUUCUCUGGAGACUCUGGAGGACAUCGAGGAAAAUGCCCCGCUGCGAAGAUGUCGGACACUCUCAGGAUCACCCAGACCAAAGAACUUCAAGAAGGUUCAUUUUAUCAAGAACAUGCGGCAACACGAUACCAGAAAUGGCAGAAUAGUCCUUAUCAGCAGCAGAAGAUCCUUCUGCAGCAUAUUUUCAGUGCUGCCAUAUCGAGACUGUACCCAAGUCGGGGAUAUGAAGCUGGAAGGUGGACGCCAGUGCCAUUCUACCGGAGUGUGUCUGAAAGAGAUUAUUGGUCUUGAAGGUGUGGAGCUUGGAGCAGAUGGGAAGACUGUUUCUUAUACACAGUUCCUAUUUCCCACCAACGCUCUGGGAACUCGGAGGAACACAAUAGACUCCACCUCAUCCUUCUCCCAAUUUCGCAAUGCAAGCCAUCGUAGCCUUUCUUUGGCAAGAGCUAACAGCACCCAGGGGAGCAUUGAUGCAGGUAGCGACCUGGGAGACUUUGUUGAAUACGACCCAAAUCUUUUAGAUGAUCCCCAGUGGCCAUGUGGCAAACAUAAGCGGGUUUUAAUAUUUCCUUCAUAUAUGACCACAGUCAUAGACUAUGUGAAGCCAUCAGAUCUCAAGAAAGACAUGAAUGAGACUUUCAAGGAGAAGUUCCCUCACAUCAAGUUAACCCUCAGUAAAAUAAGAAGCCUGAAGAGAGAAAUGCGCAAGCUUGCUCAAGAAGAAUGUGGUUUUGAAGAGCCCACAGUGGCAAUGGCCUUUGUCUACUUUGAGAAGCUCGCUCUCAAGGGGAAGCUGAACAAGCAGAAUAGAAAGCUUUGUGCUGGAGCCUGUGUUCUUUUAGCAGCCAAAAUUGGCAGUGACCUCAGAAAACAUGAAGUCAAGCAUCUUAUAGAUAAACUGGAAGAGAAGUUCCGGCUGAACAGGCGAGAGCUGAUCGCCUUCGAGUUCCCGGUGCUGGUGGCCUUGGAGUUUGCUCUCCACCUCCCCGAGCACGAAGUGAUGCCGCACUACAGACGCCUGGUGCAGAACUCCUAGCGCCGGCUGCCCUGCGGGGAAGGGGCUCCCGACUGUUCCCGCUUGGCUCUCCUGAGCCGCCGCUACUACUGGAAACGCAAAAUCAGACUCCUAACGCUUCGCUCUCUCUCUCUUCCCCCCAGAACAGUUUUUUUUUCCGGCGACUCGCAGGGAAACGCCGCCUCCACGCGAGACUCUCAGCUUUGACCGAUGUCCGCGUCGUUACUUUCUCAAAGCGGGUGAAGCCUGAGCUGUUGGUAGAUGGUUAGCGUGCUGAAUCCGGGUGGCGACUGACCCUGCCCGUGGGGACUGCAGCUGUACAAGGAGGCCAAAACGAGAAGGGCAGCCUCCACCACCCCCCUUCUCCCUCCCUCACACAAACCAACCCCUGGAAGCCCAACGCCAGUGCGUUCUCGUAGCGCUUUUUCUACAGACCUGCUGCGACUCCCAAGAGGACUCCUCAACGUUGUGAAAAAGCUUUUUAAAAGAGGAUUAUCUCUUCACUGUGUCAAAAAAAGGCUGUGCCAAUCUAUUUUUGUAUCAGCAAUUGAAAGUGCACUUUUUUUCCUGUGGGGUGUUUUGUGUGCGUUACCUGUGUGCGUGUGCGUGUGGGACACCGAACUGGUCUCAGUCCAGGUGGUUGGCUUAGCUGUGUCCGAGUGUCUCAGUUACCCAUGGCCAAGAUCAAGGUGACCUUACCUGUUUACUUCUUGAAAAACAGAACUACUGGAAAAGUGGUAAAAUGGGAUCAUUUUUGAACACUUGGGGUUUUUUUAUUCUCUGAUCUUUCCCAACGUUGUACCUUUGAAAGGAUUACACUACUACUACAACUACUACAACUACUACUACUACUACUACUACUACUGCUACUACGAGAGAAGGAUCAGCAACUGACCUUAAGUUUGCAGUUAUGUUUGUGAAAAAGACGAAAGCAUUGGUAUGAGAUUCCCAUGUCAUGUUUUUUAAGAAUAUCUUGUGUUAAGCCACAUGCAUAUUUUUAACCUUCGCACUUUUCCCACUGUGGAGAUGGUUAGACUUGCACUCUGUAGUGUUGUAUUUCUGUGCUCUAUGUUAGAGUGCGUAAUAAGCACAUUUAUUGUGCUGUAUCUUAAAACAGUGUUUUAUUAAACAAAAACAAAAAAAAAACCACACACACAAAAAAAGAGUAGGGCUCAGCAGUUUAACAGGUGUCUUAAAGCUCCAACAGCAGGGGCAUCAGCUGUUGUUGAAAUGUUUGGUUUUUAACUAGAAUUGACUGUGCAAAACCUAAAAUCAGCACCCGUUGAAGUUAAAGGUCCAGUUCCUUUAGACAUUUCAGUACUGGAGUUUUACAGUAAAAUUCUUGCAGCUUCCCUGGUUCUUACUGGACACCCAGAAAGUUGGGAGGGUCUCAUCCAAGCUCCUCAAUGCUAUGUACACACUAAGCUAGGUCCAUGCUUACAGACAUUGUUCAAUUGCUGUUAUCCUGUGGGAUUACCUCCCUGUCCAACCUUCUCCUGUGCUGGUGCACUUAAUAAGCUUUGCCCUCAACAUGCCCUACAUGGAUCUGGUGAAGUCAAAUACUUACAUUUAUGGUAUUUUUAAUUAAAAAAAUGAAAAUCUCCACCAUGAGAUUUUAGCUGAAGCCUUACCUCUCUUAAGUUUGGGAGUGCUUGCUCAGAGUAUGGAAAGGGCUUGUGUGCAGAAUGUAGAGAAGUGAGACAUCCCAGAGGAUGUAAACACACUAAUGCUUACUUUCUUUCACUCUUACUUUAAUCAGUUUUAUUAUUUCCUUCAGUUAGGCC